AUGACAGCUCCAGUACCUCAAGAUGCGGAAUACAUCGCUGACGUCUCCAACUUCUCUCACGACAACGAGGACGAUGACCCGCUCACGCCACAGCUGCUCGACUCCCGACUGCGUCGCAGAAAGGAGGUCAGAGCAAAAGCUAAGACUGUCUUCCUCGACCGCUUACUUCGCGACUUUGAUCUUCUAAUAUACUGCCAGCUCUCGUCACUGUACUAUAUGGAUUGCUCAAUCAUCAAUUUCGCUAUUCGAGCAGUCGUCCAGUUUGCCUUCUUCACCCCGAAAUCCGGCUUCGAACCCCCUAGAGAUCAACCUUUUAUCGGCGUCAUCGCCACGACGAAUAUUCUCUGUAUCUUGCUCCAUUGCCUAUCUUCUUCUCCUUCAGCCGGCGAAGUCUCACGCGGCUACCUCCAUGGGGGCCUUUUCAUCGAUUUCAUCGGACAAAAAGGUCCAAUCCCAAAACUCCGUUUAAUUACGCUUGAUGUUCUAGUUACUAUUCUACAAAUUGUUAUGAUGGGUGCCAUAUUAGAAAAAUGGAAGAUGAAAUCCUUACUUCCCGGUGAAUCUGUCGGCUCCACAUCACCUUCAGCAGAGACGAGUGCACCGCAGGACCUGGACUUUGAAGAGCGCGGCGUGCGUCGGGCCGAAGAGCAUGCACCCAGUCCCGAUGGGAUUGAAUUGCAGCAUUUGCAGCCAUUGGACUCGCAAAAUGAUAGCUUUGCAAACGAAGAGAAUGAUGAAAGGGACAAUGAACGGGGUGGUCUCUUAUCCGGUUCCGCGGCAGAGUCUCGGACUCACUUGGACAGGGACAUACAUCCUCGAGACGAACUUCUUACAGGUGACAUAACGAUUAUGGAGUUGAGAGUCUUUCAAACAUUACGUGACCAAUGGAAUCAGAAUCCCCCUGGUAAUCCUCCUGAAUCCACAAACUCUACUACGGAGAUUUCACCACAUAUUUAUUUAAGACGGCGGUUCGGUGUUCACUUUGGAACUCACCUUUGA